CACCACUCGAGCGGGCCAAAACUCUCCCUCCUCUCAAACUAAAAAUAAUCCUGCUUAUUCCAGCAAAGUUCUCUGUAAAACCCUCCCAAGCUCAACCUUCUAAAACACCACUACAGGCACCACCAUGUCGCAACCACCGCCACCGUCAGACAUCGUCAAAAAUCGCUUUCUAUCAUUCCUAAUAUGGCAAUCCAUUCAAUCCGCCGCCAUUUUCAUACUCACCAAAGCUUUACUGCUCUCCCCUUUCACCCCUAAACCCUACUUCCCCUCUCUCCUCGGUUGUGUCUCUCUCCUCGGCUUCCUCAUUUCUAUGCUCUUCUUCUCUAUUUCCGUCCAACUUAACGCCACUCCUCAGUUCCGCCGCCACGCUUCCCCGCCGGAGCUCGCUCUCGGAAUCGUCCGAUUGGUUUUUUCCGGUUCGUCUUCCAUCGACGAGGGUUUUGUCCAUCGAGCUCGGUCUUCUCUGUGUAUACUCGUUCUUAUUAGUGUUUCAUCUGUGUCGGGUUUUGCCGCGGUGGUUUUGAUAGCUGGAAGUAGUUAUUCUGGUUCUUUUUCUGGGUUGAUCAGCUCAUUGGGGCAACGAAGUGUUUUUGCCGGUUUGCUUUAUGGGUUUUAUUGUGUAUUCUCUCAGCGCUUGGUGUUGGAUUUCCCUAUUGUUCAGCGUCCACCUUUUUUUAGCUAUAAGAUGGGGCUUCUUUCGGCUGUUAGACAAGCUCUAAAGCUUUCGGCUGCAUCCUUCAUUUUUUCAGCACUGUUCGUGGUCCUCUUGCCAAAUCAGCGUAAAAGUUCGGUUGCUAGGCAAUAUUUUUCAGAGCAUUUUAUCUUUUACAUAGGAAAUUUUGCGGUUUUUCUCUCCUGGGAGCUGAUACUUCAUUUGCACAAGGUUCUGCAUACAAAGAGAUUUGUGUUUGCUCCAUCAAAAGGAUCUGCUGCAGUGGAAACAAAUCCCAGUGAUUCACUUCUCGCUGCUUUGGAGGGCAGUCAUCCUAGAUCUCUGCUGCAGUAUCUUGCGUAUCUUGAUUUAUGCAUGGUGUGUGGAAGUAACAUUGAACCCUGGCGCCGGGCAGCCUUCUUUGAAGAAACUGGUGAGACUUACAAGAGAGUAGUGGCUGCGUGCAUGAGGCCUUUAGAGCAGUUUGCUUCAAAGUUAGCUGAAGGCUUAACAAGUUCAACUGAGAACGUAAACAAACUAUCGCAUCAAUUAAGCUCCCCAAAUGAAAUUAUUCAUAGCUCUGAGAUUCUUGAAUCAUUUGGUAAUUUCCAGUUGUAUGCAUGGUGUGCACAAGCUGUAGCAUCUUUAGAAGUACACUCACAUAAAGAAGACAGGUUUGGAGUUGCUCAGCUAUCUGGGAGUCAUGCUAUGGUGUUAUCAACGCUGUUGUCUUGCCUGGUUGCUGUGGAAACAUCCAUGGGAAAGAAGAUAAAUUUGCAAUCCCCAAAUCAUAUACUUGGUCCUGCUGGUAUUAAAUGGGCUACAAACAGCACAGCUAGAAGAGAAAUUGCUACUGCCAUGAACAAGAAAAGGGGUAGCCCUUCACACUCAAAGUCGUAUGCAUUAGCAGAUGUGUUAAAGGUAUCUAUUUAUUCAAUAGUAUCUGAAUUUCUUCAAGAGAUGCGCGCUAGUGCUAAAAUAGGGGCUUUGGAGAAAGACUGGCUCAACAAUACCAACCUUGUUUAUGGAUCUGCUGAGCUUCUAGUUCAAAAACUUGAUUUCUUUCUUAAUUUUCAAGCUAGCUAGGCACACACUUCAAAUUUGAUUCAUAUACGUCAUAUUCAUGUCUUAAUGGUAACUCCAAGAAGGUUUUGAUAUUGAUUUAUACGGAGUAGUGUAUUGACGUUAGUUACGUAAUGGGAUGAGAAGAGCUUGUAAAUGCUUUGAAUGCUACUUGGUGACCUGUUGAAGUUCUUGUGCUUAUGAAAUCACCCUUGCAUA